CCGCGAUCGACGAUAUCAGGACAAUCAAGCGCCUGCCGUUGCCACCGACACGUGAAUUGAACCACCACGACACUCCAGACGGCGCCAAGGUGCGGUGCCUUGCAAUGGAUCUUGUACGAUGAGAAUCUGUAUGAGCUCUAGCAUGUGAGCUCGUGCAUGUUGCACGCAACAGGACUACCAUCAUAUCCCGCGACGCGCGCUUACUUCGUUUCUUGUUCACUCAUCUUUAUGGAGCCACAAACGCAUUCUGUUUGUGGAACAGCAGGCCAAGGUGUCUGCGACCUUUUGCCGGAUGCCUCCCCCAAACGCUUCACACGAUCGCGCCGCUCACUGACCCAAAGUGCCUGCGAUCUUGCCUGCUCCAUUAGACGAAUGGACGGCAUUAGACGGUUCGUCGGUGGAGAGUCGAAAUGCCUGAAAAUCCGAGGUGCUUCCAUGCACAUGGCUCGGACUAGGAUCCUGGCAUCGACGAGACAGUGAACCCGGUCGUGUUCCGUGGCCAAAGUAUGCUGCAGCGGCAAGUCACC